AUGUCUAGAUCAUUGUCCAUUUCAAAUGCCGACUUGUCUACCCGGGACGCCGAAAACGAGUCCAACACCAAUGCCAGGAGUGCUCUGAUUAGCGCAAACAUUUUCAAUAGCCAUAGCGGAACUCACAACAACAACGACAACGACAACAACAAAAGUGAAAGAGGAAGCAGUACAAAUGGAGAGGCAGAACUAAGUUCAAAUAUCGAUAUAGUUGGAGCUAUUAAUACUUUAAAAUUGGACGAGGAAGAUGGGGCUGAGGAGGAAGUGGAAGAGAAAGACGCAGAGCUCACGACAACAGGCUCGGUGGUCGAUACCACCAACACCGAAGGGAUCAAUCACGGAUUCCCCAUGUAUCCUCCUCACCCACAAAGUCCUUAUUACUAUGCCCCCUAUCAAGGAUCAGUGACUCCUCAAAGACAAUUGAGUGGGAUCAAUGGUGGACCACCACCAGCUACCUAUUAUUCAGGAUGGAAUGGCAGUGCUAAUGGAUUUGAUAACAAGUUCAGUGCUAUAAACCAUAGCCAAAAUGGAGUACAAUAUGUGCCAGUUUCAGAGCCGCCAUUGCACAGUGCCAAGAGUGAGGAGGGACCGCAUAUCCCCUUCAUCAAACCGCUUGAACUACCUGACUCUAAAGAGGACGCAGACGCACAGAGUAAGCAACUGACUGGGUUGAGUUUGUCCCUGGUAGGUGAAACAGCGACAACAACUAACGAAGCUGCUGUUAAAGACGAGGAAACGGAGAAGGACAUGCGCAACAACAACAACAACAACAACAACAACAACAACAAUAAUAAUAAUAACAACAACAAAGAUGUCGAAAAGCACGCACAAAAAGGAGUUGGCACUAUUGCACCACAAUUUGCAAAUGUUACUUCACCUCCACCUUUUAAUCCGUUUUCGCCUAUACCAAUGAAUCAUCAUCCGCAUCAUCCGCAUCAUCAUCCAAUGGGACCAGGAGUGCCGCCAGGAGUGCCUUCUCCAAUGUUGCCAUACAACUAUCCAUUACCCCCUCCUCCACCUCAUCAUCAACAACUACCUAGUCCGGGAAACUUUCACAACUUUGAUGGAAAGUUGGGUGGAAACUCCCCGUUGCCCCAUCCACAGUCAUCACCUUCAUUCAACACGGGGCCAGAGAAUAAUAAACAGAGAGGUUCAGUGUGGAAUGCUAAUGAACAUAGAAGUGAUCCCAGGGGAUUUGUGCACCAGUCAGCUGCCGCUCCUCCACAUCCCCAAGCACAUCAUCUCAGCGGUCUCCCGUUUCCAAUGGGACCUCAACAAGCACCACUGAUCCCACAACACCCACAACAACAACAACAACAACCACAUCCUCAGCAGCAGCAACAUCAGCGUCAACAACAACAACAUCAUCAUCACCAACUACAACAACAACACCAUUACCCCCACCACCAAUUUCCAUACCAGCAACAUAUACACCCCCUGCAUUUCCAGAGUGGCCCCAAUGGAAGCCAUACUGGUCCUUUUGUUCCAAACCACUUCAAUCGCGGCUACAAUAAUCGAAGGAGUAAUAAACGUGGAGGACACCAUUAUCAACAAUAUAAUGGAACGGGACACAAUGGUAGCGAUUACCGUCAUCGCAAGGGAGAGGAAUCAAACAAGUAUCAGAAUGCAAAUAUUCGCGACUAUCGAGACCAUAUCAUGGGUCUUACCACGGAUCAACAUGGAUGUCGAUUUUUGCAGCGUGAAUUGAGCAAAGAGCAGGGGAGUAGGUCGAAAGAGGUAAAACAAGAAGACGAAGGCGGUACCAAUGGGGUGGAGACAAAGCAAGAGGAAGGAGAUGCUAGAGAGCAAAAGAACCAAAAUGCUACUGAUGAAGAUGAUGAUGAUGACUCUGUGGCUACUUUAGUUUUGAAUGAGCUACAUGACGAUGUUGCAGAUCUAAUGCUCGAUCCAUUUGGGAACUACUUGAUUCAAAAAUUGUUUGAAUGUAUUACUAUGGAGCAGAGGUUGGAUUUGAUUAAAAAUUGUAGCCCACAAUUCAAUCGUAUAGCUUUAGAUUCGCAUGGGACUAGGGCAUUACAAAAGUUGAUUGAAUGUGUUGGUCACAAGACAAACGGUGACCAAAAAGAAAGCGAUACGCAACUCGAGUGUGCUAGAUUGAUCAUUGAAAGCUUGGCCCCUACUAUAAUUUCACUAUCUAAGGAUUUAAAUGGUAAUCAUGUUGUACAAAAGUGUCUUGUCAAUUUCUCAAAUGAAACCAAUCAAGUGAUUUACGAUGCAAUUAAGAACAAUUGCGAAAUGGUUGCAUGCCAUCGACAUGGAUGUUGUGUAUUGCAACGAUGUCUUGAUUAUGGAAGUAAACUACAGAUUCAGUCACUUAGUCAUGAAAUCACUCAAAGAUUGGAUAAAUUCACAUAUGAUCCUUAUGGCAAUUAUGUCAUUCAAUACGUGCUAACUCAUGGUGAUGAGCAAAGUAUUGAUACAAUAUUUGAUUACCUACGAUUACACUUCUAUGAGCUAUCCAUACAUAAAUUUGGAUCAAACGUGUUGGAGAAAUCAAUACGGUUAAACGAUAACAAUAGGAGCAUGGUGUUGAUUGAUGAGCUUUUGAGGUUGUCACAGGAUCAAUUUUUAAAAGUGUUGAAUGACUCAUUUGGUAAUUAUGUGUUGCAGACGUGUUUGGAUGUGGCACAAUUGGAUCAGAUGACGAAAUUGAGAGAUAUCUUGGUUCCGUUGUUGCCUGAUAUUAAACAGACUCCACAUGGUAAACGAAUUGUAAAUAAACUACAGUGA